ACUCUAAGCUAAUAUAUGCUACGAGACGCCGCGUUUAUAUUGAUCAGGCAUAUCAGCAGGCGUCUCAAAAACACCACGCGCGUCCAGAUAGAGACUCAUGGAUCGAUGGCUACGAUGACCAUGACUCUCCUCAAACACAUCGUCCGUCACUGCCGGCGGCCCGGUUCUCUCGCCCUGUCCCACAAACUCUACCCCUGCAGGGGUCUGUCGACGGACGGCUCUGCUCCUCGGCCGAGUAUUACUGAAAACUCAGUAGAAGUUUUCAGCCGUGUCUACCGGCGAGAUGACAUGACCAAUGUGACAGCUAAAAUCUUGUCCAAACUUGGCAGCCAGCUUCACAACCGGCCGCACCACCCCCUGUGGCUUAUUAAAGAGCGCAUCAAAGACCAUUUCUACCGCUCCUACAUCGGACGCACGGGAAACCCGCUCUUCUCCGUACAUGACAACCUCAGCCCGGUGGUGACGGUGGAGCAGAACCUCGACAGUCUGCUCAUUCCUCCAGACCAUCCCAGCAGGAGAAAAGGAGACAAUUACUACCUGAACCGCUCACACAUGCUGCGGGCCCACACCUCCGCCCAUCAGAAGGAGCUGGUGCGCUCAGGCCUGGACCGCUUCCUGCUGGCCGGAGAUGUGUACAGACGAGAUGAGAUCGACUCCAGCCACUACCCUGUCUUCCAUCAGAUGGAGGGAGUGCGGCUUUUCUCGAACCACGAGCUGUUCGCUCGAGUGGAGAAUGGCGAGGAGCUGUCUUUGUUUGAGAGCGGCGGCCGUCGCACGCCUCAGAAACAGGAGACGCACACGCUGGAGGCUGUCAAGCUGGUGGAGUUCGAUCUGAAGCAGGCUCUCACGCGCCUCGUGCGACACCUUUUUGGGGAAGAUUUGGAGAUCCGCUGGGUGGACUGCUACUUCCCUUUCACGCAUCCCUCCUUCGAGAUGGAGGUGCUCUUCCAGGGCGACUGGUUGGAGGUGCUGGGCUGUGGGGUGAUGGAGCAGGAUCUGGUCCGCUCAGCUGGCGCUGGGAAUAAGAUGGGCUGGGCGUUCGGUCUGGGGCUGGAGAGGCUGGCCAUGGUUCUGUUCGGGAUCCCUGAUAUCCGUCUGUUCUGGAGCGAGGACGAACGCUUCCUCAAACAGUUCCGCCUGUCUGACAUCUACCAGCCCGUCACCUUCCAGCCUCUCAGCAAGUACCCACCGCUCUACAAUGACAUCUCUUUUUGGCUGCCGGCUGAAGGUUACACAGAAAACGACUUCUACGACCUGGUGCGCAGCAUCGGAGGAGACCUGGUGGAGAAGGUCACGCUGGUGGACGAGUUCACGCAUCCAAAGACAGAGAGAGUGAGCCACUGUUACCGCGUGACCUACCGUCACAUGGAGAGGACUCUGACCCAGGAAGAAGUGCGUGCCAUUCACGGAGCCAUUGAGCAGGCGGCCGAAAAAGAGCUUGGAGCGCAGGGAAGAUACUGAGCUUCCUCAGCAGUCAUCGUGACGGUCUCACGUGAUGGGAUUCACAGAUGUAGUCGCAUCUCUCUUUGGUGGCAACUCUCAGCAACAACUGCACUAAGUUAGAGACUCCAUCUGCAGUUUCCUAAAAUAACACUUCGCCUAAAAAUGAAGAUAAUGUCACUGUUCGCUCACCAUCAUGUCAUUAAGGAGAAAUUUGUAGAAUUGCCCGUAAUGAAAAGGCUAGGUCAGCCAAAACAGUCAUCAUUUACUCACGUUCUUGACAUUGAUUUAAUAUGAAGAUUCGAUUUUUUUUGAAGAAAGUUUUUGAAACAGUUUAGAUGAUCAUCAAUUUCCAUUUCAUUGACUAUUCACUUCCAUACUACCAAAUUAGGGGAAAUGAUGACAGAAUUAUUUUUUCUUGACAAACCGUUCCUUUAAAACCCAAAAACCGACCUCUGGAUGGCUGUAUUUUUGCAUUUACAGAGGUUUUAUAACAUGUUUUUGUAGCUUGACAGACAUGGUCACUAUGAACUGAAACUGAGAGUGGGUGAAUAAUGACAGAAUUACAGUUUUAGGAGGAAUCCUGCCUUAAGAUUUGACCUUGAAAUAACCUUUGGGUUAUAAUAACGCGUCUAGGCCUGAUUGUUUCUUCCCAGGCUGACACGAGCUUCAUGAUGGUACAAACACAAAUAUCAAACGGGCCUUUUAUGCACCUGGAUCCGUGCCAGCCUGAUGAUGAGCAGGAAACUGGAGCUCUUAUUUCUACGUUUCUGUUUUCUUAAGGAAGAUAUGAGGUAGCUGUAAUGAGCUGCUGCCCAGAAAUUACCAAGAUAAUGAAACGCUUCCUCAAAGUCACUCCACGGCAAAAGAGGCUAACAGUUCACCAUUUGUGGUAGAAAAUAAAAGUGUGUUGGGGUUUAACUGUGUCGCUGUGUCUUUUAUUUUUAUAAUACUCCUAAAAUUAAAGCCAUAUUAUCAGGAGUAGCUGAAUUUAUCUGCUCUUGAAAACGUUCAAAAGUUAGGGUUAGUUUUUUUUUUUUAUUAUUAUAAAUACAUUGAUCAAAAGUGACUAAAUAUCUUUAUUAUCUGUUUCAAAUAAAUCCUGCCCUUUUGAACCUUCUAGUCAUCAAAUAAACCUGAAAAAUGUAUGGCAUUUUCCAAAAAAAUAUUACGCAGCACAACAAUUGAAAAAAAGUAAAAAGUAAAUACUACUGUUAUUAAGAGACCUUGAGCAGAAAAUCAGCAUACUAGAUGGAUUUUCAUGUGACACUAAAGACGAUGAUAAAGCGAUGAUACUGACUUGCGUCACAAAAGGAAAUGACAUUUUACAAAAUAUUCACUUAUUUAAAAGUUAUUAAAAAUUGCAGUAGUACCACGAUCCAAUUUUUACUGUAUUUCUGUGAGCAUAAGAGUGCUUUAAAAUUUUACUGACCCCAAUCUUUUCUAACCCUUAACCCAGCAAUUUUAUUCCCUUUUAUAAAAUAAGCGAAAAAGUGGACAAAUGAACCCUUCGUUUUCUUUUAUUGCCUCUCCGUUCUUUUGUUUGUUAGAUGUCAUGUUUGCUUUUCAUCUCCAGGUCACUCUUUUGGAUCCAACAUUAACAAAACGUCCCCAUUAUCCCGGCCCUACUUCAUAUGUAUACGGAGACAGAUUGGAAAAACUGACCCCAACCAGUGUGGCAUUUGUUGGAGCAGACCAGAGACUCCUCUGCAUCUUAAUGAGCCCUUAUGGUGUGAUCCGUGUGUCGCGCUCUUGUUUCUGAGGAGUGGCUAAAGAAUACAGGGAUCUUCCUUUGGGGAACAAGCUCAAUUAGAAUCCCAGUAAUGAAUUUUUGAUGUGCUGCAAUCAGAUACUGAAUGAAUGGGACACUCUUUGCAGAGCCUGAGAUGGUCCGGCGGGGCUGCUUCUCGUGUAUUAAUGCAUUUCUGCUGAUUUAUGCGGGAUGGGAUUUGAUCAUUCGUUUAAAUGCCGGUUUUAAAGAAAAAAAAAAUUCAGGGUGUUUAAACCCUGUGUGAAAAAUAAAACCAUUUACAUUGAACAAAUAAACCUAAACAUUUGAA